AUGAACUCAGUCAAACCAGAGCCUGUUGACGUAAUAUGGUUAAGUUCAGAUGACGAAGGUGAUAAUGUUUAUCAGAGGUCUCAGAGGUUUGAGAGGAGGGUUGCUAAUAGGGAUGCUAAUAGGGAUGCUAAUAGGGUUGCUAAUAGUGUUGCUAACAAUGUUGCUCAAAGGACUGCUAACAAUGUUGCUCAAAGGACUGCUAACAAUGUUGCUAACAAUGCUGGUAAGAGGAGGGUGGAUAACAAUGUUGCUCAAAGAGUGAUUAAGGACAGGAAUGAAAUCUGUGAAUGGAUAACACAAGUUACACCAGCUAUGCAGAAUUUGAAGAGGAAACAAACACUGCACAUUCCUGCGUGGGUUGUGAAGCGUGCUCUAAAAGACAAGUGCGACAUUUACUUGCGAUCUGCAGAGACGAAACGUACAUAUGACUGUGCUAUUUUGGAUCCGGGACACUCGUCGCAGAGAUACAUUGGAGAUGGUUGGUAUGACUUUGUUGAAGUGCACAGGCCUAAAGUUGGUGACGUCCUCCACUUUUCUCUGAAACCACCUUAUAACUUAAUGGUUGUUUCAUUGAUGCGCCAGAAGCCUCGCACCCGCUGA